AUGCCAGCUCCCAAGAAAACACUAUACUUAGCAAGUGUGGCUGCUCUCGGCCUCAUCUGCUCUAUUCUUGCAUUCUCUCUGUAUUUUGAGCCUCCAUCUCCUGUUUGCCAACCUAAAUUAGCCGAUGAGGAGUACGAUGAAGGCUUGGAUCCAAGUGAAAAGCCCAUAGUCCUGCUGUGGUUCUGGCCUCUCGGUGUAAAGUUUGAUUUUAAAGUUUGCUCUUCCUACUUCAACAUUAACAGCUGUUUUUUGACUGCGGACAGAUCCCUCUACAGCAAAGCACAGGGAGUCAUUUUCUACCAUAAAAGCAUAGACUGGGGUUUGAGAAACAUGCCAAAGGGUCCACGUCCAGCUUUUCAGAAGUGGAUUUGGUUUAAUGUGGAAUCCCCGACGAACACGGCAAAGAAACCCCGUCUGACCAACCUGUUUAACUUGACGCUGAGCUACAGAAGAGAUGCUGACAUCACGGUGAGGAACGAGCUCACCAUCAGGAAGACAGAAAUGAAAGAUGACUUCGUUCUGCCGAAGAAAGACAAACUGGUGUGCUGGAUUGUUAGUAACAAGGACAAAGCCACUGGAACAGCUUUGAGAGAAAGAUAUUGUCGUGAACUGUCCAAACAUGUCAAGAUCCAUGUCUUCGGUACAGCCUUUGCAGGGCAUCGUUUGAGCUAUGAGAAAUAUUACUCAACCAUUGCUAGCUGUAAGUUUUACCUCUCAUUUGAGAACUCAAUCCACAGAGACUACAUAACAGAGAAGGUUAAUGGGCCCCUCGUGGCAGGGACGGUCCCUAUAGUUUUGGGUCCACCGAGAGAAAACUAUGAGCAGUUCCUCCCCUCUGACGCCUUCAUUCACAUAAAUGAUUUUCCUGAUGCAAAGUCGCUGGCGGAGUUUCUGCUUGACAUGAAGUACGAGGCGUACAUGCGUUACUUUGAGUGGAGGAAGUUCUACACAGCUACCCCUCAUCUCCUGUCAAUCAACAAUGAAUUCAUUCAACCUGUCUGCCUCGCCUGUGACCACAUGUCAAGAGACAAAGAUUUCCAUGUAGUUCAUGACCUUUAUAAAUGGUACUCUACUUGA